CUGCAUGAUAAAUGGAACUUGCAUAAAAUAUGGACGUACCGAACCGAACAAAGAUUGCAGAAUCUGUGAUGCAUAUACGAACAACAGCGUCUGGCAAAUAAAAGAAGGCCACUGCUACAUACAAGAAAACUGUUUCAAAGAUUUGGAAGUGAAUGUAACAUUUCCCUGUCAUAUAUGCAAUUCAACAGUCAAUGUUUAUGAAUUUUCAUCAAACCCAGCAUACUGUAACGUUGGCGGUCUUUGUGUAGCUGACGGGGAGAAAAACCAAGUCAAGUCUUGCUUAUAUUGUAACACGUCAAGAAGUCGGGAAGACUGGACAUUUAACCAAGAUUAUUGCAUGAUAAACGGAACUUGCAUAAAACAUGGGAGUACAGAACCAAACAAAGAUUGCAGAAUCUGUGAUGUAUACACCAACUACAGCGUCUGGCAAAUAAAAAAUGGACACUGUUAUAUACAAGAGACGUGCUUCGAAGAUAUGGAAGUGAAUAUAACAUAUCCUUGUCAUAUGUGCAAUUCAUUGAACGAUGUGUUCGAUUUUUCAUCAAACCCAGCAUACUGCAAUAUCAGUGAUCUUUGUGUGGCUGACGGGCAGAAAAACAAUGUAAAAACCUGUUUAUACUGCAAUACAUCUCUCAACAGAGGAAACUGGUCAUUAAGUCCAGAUAAUUGUUUGAUUGAUGGAAAUUGCGUGGAUCAUGGAAGAACAGAACCAGAAAAAGAUUGUAAAGUCUGCGAUUCAUUCACCAACAGCAGUGUCUGGAAAAUAGUAGAUGGAUACUGCUACAUAAAAGAAAAUUGUUUCAAAGAUUUUGAAAUUAACUCGGAAAUUCCCUGUCAGUUUUGUAACUCAACGAACGAUGUGUAUGAAUUUUCUACAGACACAGACUGCCUAUCUUCGACAGAAGGAAAAAUGACACAGGAAUUCCCAUUUUCAAAUCCAGUUUUUAUUGCAACUGUGUCAUUAAUAGCUACAAUAUGUGUCAUUACCAUCGUUAUAUCAAUCAUAUAUAGACUAAGAACGAAAUGGACAAAAAACUGGUGUAUUGGAAACGAGACAGCAAGUAGUAGAAAUGUGGGAUCAACCCUUUACAAAAAAGUCAACACAGAAGACUUACCUCUUUCAGAAACUUAGAUAGUGUAAUAUAAUAUUUUAAUAAUUGAAUACAAUAUAGUUUGAAUUUUACAGAAGCCUUUAUUAUAUAUAAAUGAAUAAUUAUUCAUAGAUAUGUCAUUUCGUGGAAUUUUAUACAUGAA